AUGGCCAUUGACGUACUAGAGCUUCCCGAUCUCCCACCUCCGGGACCCAGCCAGCUGGAGAUCCGGUUCCGCCGCCUGCUGCACCUGUGCGAGGCGCGGACGCAGCAGCAGCGCGCGAGCGACCAGCCGGGCGCUGCGGCGCCGUGGCAGACAGACCCCAAGUUCCACUGCUACAUCGACUCGCUGCGGGACCUAUUGUAUGAUCUGGAAGGCUCCCCCGCCGACGCGCCCGGGCCGGAUGUCGUGGCCGCCUACAAGCAGCAUGUGGCGCGGAUAGGACGGGAGCUGAGGCCUCCAGAGCACCACCAGCAACAGCAGCAGCAGCAGCAGCCGGUCUCCGCCUCCUCGGCGGCCGGCAGCGGCGCGGGGCCACAGGCGCAGGCGCAGUUUAGUGUCGGCGCGGCGGCGCGGGAGCGGGUGCGGACGCAGCAGCGGCUGCAGGAUGAGCUGGCGGAAGACAUGCUCAACCUGACUGCAGAGAUGAAGGUCGGGGCGAUGGCGAUGCAGAACGCGAUCCGCUACAGGGGCAAGCUGUUGGAGGAGACCGAAACGGCCCUCGUCGACAGCACCGCCAACGCGCAGUCCGUCGCUGCCAAGGCCAAAGAGCGCCACCGCUCUGCCCGCUACGGCCUCUGCUUCACGCUUCUGCUGCUGCUGGGGGUCUCAGCCGUCUUCGCCUUCAUGAUUGGUUACAUCAAAGUCACCGCCAUGGUGGGCGUCACCGGGCGGCGCACGCGGGUGCCGGGUUACAAGGGGUGGAUCAUCCCUAUCGCCGCGUUUGCGCUCGUCACCGCGGUGCUGGUGUCGCUCGGAUUCAGGGCGGCCCGGCUGCUGCGCGGCCCGCUGCGGCUGCUGCUGUGGCGCUGA